CACACGUGUUUCACGACAGAGUUUCUGUGUGCGCUGUUGCAGUGUGAAGUUUCGCCAAAUUUUCUCGCUGAAAAAACCUUUUAACUAAGUUCCCGCCUAGCCAAAAUGCCCGACAUCGAAGAAGUUCAGCAAAUGGAAGAGGAUACCGAAGCGGAGACCUUCGCCUUCCAAGCGGAGAUCGCUCAGUUGAUGAGUUUGAUCAUCAAUACUUUCUACUCGAACAAGGAAAUUUUCCUUCGAGAAAUUAUUUCCAACGCCUCGGAUGCCCUCGACAAGAUUCGAUACCAAAGUUUAACAGACCCAACGUCUUUGGAGAGCUGUAAGGAACUGAAGAUUGAGAUUAUUCCCAACAAAGAUGACAACACCCUAACAAUUUUCGAUACUGGAAUUGGUAUGACCAAGGCAGAUCUCGUCAACAACUUGGGAACCAUUGCUAAGAGUGGGACUAAAGCUUUCAUGGAGGCCCUGCAGGCUGGUGCAGACAUUUCCAUGAUUGGUCAAUUUGGUGUGGGUUUCUAUUCUGCUUAUCUGGUCGCAGAUAAGGUAGAAGUGUACACCAAACACAAUGACGAUGAACAGUACAUCUGGGAAUCUUCUGCUGGUGGUUCCUUCACUGUUCGCCGUGUGUCAGAGGAAGUGCUGCCCCGGGGAACCAGAGUUAUUCUUCAUCUCAAGGAAGACCAGAUGGAAUACUUGGAAGAGAAGCGCAUCAAGGAGAUUGUGAAGAAGCACAGUCAGUUUAUUGGAUAUCCCAUUUCUCUGCAGGUACAAAAAGAGCGAGAGAAAGAGGUCAGCGAUGACGAAGAUGAGGAGGAUGAAGAUAAGAAAGAGAAUGAAGAAGAUGAAAAGAAGGAAGAUGGGGAAGAUGAUAAACCAAAGGUAGAAGACUUGGAUGAGGAAGAUGAAGAGAAGAAAGGAGAAAAGAAGAAGAAAAAGAUCAAGGAGAAGUACACUGAACUUGAGGAACUCAACAAGACCAAGCCAUUGUGGAUGAGGAACACUGAUGAAAUUACAGCUGAGGAAUAUGCGGAGUUCUACAAGAGUUUGACAAAUGACUGGGAGGAGCAUAUGGCGGUCAAACACUUUUCAGUUGAAGGACAAUUGGAAUUCCGGGCUCUUCUGUUUCUUCCACGGCGGGCACCUUUUGAUUUGUUUGAAAACAGGAAAAAGCGUAACAACAUCAAGCUUUAUGUGCGUCGUGUAUUUAUUAUGGACAAUUGCGAGGAUAUCAUCCCAGAGUAUCUGAACUUCAUUAAGGGUGUUGUGGAUUCUGAAGAUUUGCCGCUGAACAUUUCCCGUGAGAUGCUGCAGCAGAACAAGAUCUUGAAGGUGAUCAGGAAAAAUAUUGUCAAGAAGUGUUUGGAGCUGUUUGCUGAAGUGACAGAAGACAAAGACAACUACAAGAAGUUCUAUGAGCAGUUUGGAAAAAACAUUAAGCUUGGUAUCCACGAAGACAGCGUCAACCGUACCAAACUGGCUGAUCUCCUCAGGUAUCACUCCUCCGCUGCCGGAGACGAGAUGACAUCACUCAAGGAUUACGUUACAAGAAUGAAGGAGAAUCAGAAAGACAUCUACUACAUAACUGGAGAGAGCAAGGAUCAAGUUGCACACUCUGCUUUCGUUGAGAGGGUCAAGAGCCGUGGAUUUGAAGUGUUGUACAUGACAGAACCAAUUGAUGAGUAUGCUGUGCAGCAGCUGAAGGAAUAUGAUGGGAAGAAACUGGUCAGUGUCACCAAGGAAGGCCUUGAGCUACCAGAGGAUGAAGAUGACAAGAAGAAAUGGGAAGAAAAGAAAGCUAAAUUUGAGCCUCUAUGCAAGACUGUCAAAGAAAUCUUGGACAAAAAGGUGGAGAAGGUUGUUGUGUCUGGGCGACUGGUGUCAUCUCCUUGUUGUAUUGUGACAAGCCAGUUAGGCUGGACUGCCAACAUGGAGAGAAUCAUGAAGGCUCAGGCUUUGCGUGAUAACAGCACACUGGGAUACAUGGCAGCCAAGAAACACUUGGAGUUAAACCCUGACCACUCAAUCGUUGAAACCCUCAGGCAGAAGGUGGAGACGGACAAAAAUGACAAGUCUGUGAAAGAUCUUGUUAUGCUGCUGUACGAGACCUCUCUUCUGUCCUCUGGCUUCACGCUGGACGACCCUCAGGUUCAUGCUGGCCGUAUCUACAGGAUGAUUAGUCUGGGGCUUGGAAUUGAUGAGGAAAUGGAUGCAGGUGAAGAAGCAGCAGCCGAUGGAAACAGCGAAGAUAUGCCCCCUCUAGAAGGAGAGGAUGGCGAUGAUCCUUCAAAGAUGGAAGAAGUCGAUUAAGCUUUGCUGAUCCUGGUACAAACCCGCAACAUUACUGGACUGGAAAUCCUUGGCAGCUGUUGCCACCUGUCUUUCUAAAGUUACAUUGUUAUCAUAGCAAAAAUAUUGCUGUUUAUGCAAGAGUGAAAUGAUUCCUUAGAAAGCUUACUGGUCAGGUUUUAGAAUGUAGGCUCCACUUCAUUGGCUCUCAAAUAAUAUAAUUUGCUUUAGAGUUUGGGGUGCCAAGAUUUGCAGCAUCGACUUGUAGAACUUUGGUUUAAGAAAUUAUAGUGUUUAUAGGUUUUGUUUGUGAGCUUUUUCAUGCCAAGUAUGUUACGUUUAGUAGUUAAGUGGUUAUUCACAGUCGCAGGAACACUCUAGGACCUACUUCUUAAGGCUGUUGAGAUUUAAAAGACAAAGUAACCAUUCUACACUGUAGUGAGGUUUUUUGACAUGUGAUUGCAGAUAUGUAGGUUAAAAAUCUGAUUAAAAAGAGUGCAGUUUGUGAUCAGUUAGUAGCUGUUAGCCCUGUCUGACUGAGCAGUGGAGAUAAGGCAUUUAAUCAAGUAUCUGGUGGUUCUUCUUUUCUUACCAUUUUAAAAUGUUUGUUUAGUCCAUGAAAUGAUCUUCAUUAGAUCUCAUGGAAACAGGCACAAUAGCACCACUGCAGCAGUUCACUUUGCUAGUGAAAGUUUUGCCUACCCUAACAUUGUAACUUAGGAGUGGGUUAUGCUUAAUAAAAAGGCUGUUCAUUCUAAGCAUCAA